AUGCCCUUCAUUCAACCUCCUGUCCAACCCUUGCCGCCCGACCUAGAUGUUUCGGGCUUGUCAAUCAUCGUCACUGGAGCUAGCUCGGGUUUGGGGCUUGAAUUCAGUCGUCAAUACCUCAUUAGAGGCGCCUCUACACUCAUUCUUGCUGUCAGAGACAUCGCCAAAGGCGAACAGACGAAAUUGCUUCUAAAGAGCGACCCGCAGGUUCUCAACUCAAACAGACAAGCCGACAUUCGGGUGAUGCUGUUUGAUGCAGCAUCAUAUAGAAGCAUCAAGAGCUUCUUGGACACGGCGAAUCAUGAACUAAAACAACUCCAUAUCUUGAUGCUCAACGCGGGUGACAAUGGUUUCAAUUACGCGCAAACCAUCGAUGGUCAUGAACGCACGAUCCAAGUUAACCAUCUCGCGAACGCAGCAUUAAUCUUUGGCUUUCUUCCUCUGCUAGAACAAACAACGAAGCAAUCGGGGAAACAGACCCGGAUCUCAGUCACAGGAAGUCGCAUGUCCAUUGCUACCCCCCUUUGCAAAGAUCCUGCACAAGGAACGGCACAAAAUGUGUUGCAGUACCUUGACGAUCGAAGACAUUUCCAAGGGCUCACGCGCUACGGGGACUCGCAACUGUUAAUUCUACUUUUCAUCCACCGACUAGGAAAGCUCUAUGAUUCAGAUACAGUCAUCAUUAAUAACUUCUGUCCCGGCAUGGUCAAUACAUCCAUGACCAAGAGUCUUCCUUGGUACAUUCGUGCCCCAGCAGCUACAAUGAGGAACCUCAGAGGAGUAAGGAAAGUAGAGCAAGGUGGGUGGAUUGGUCUGAACGCCGCUGUAGUGGCCGGCCCUGAGUCUCAUGGUCAGUUGAUCAGUGACACUCAACUCGAACACGUCGACUCCUUUUACAACUCUGAAGUUAUUCACGCAUUGGAGGAAAAGAUAUGGAGUGAGACAGUAAACGAUGUUGCAAAAGUGGUAGAUGCACCAGUGUGGGGCAGUGAGGUGAUCAAUAUCACGCCGCCAUUCCUUCAACAGCGAUUUUCCCGUCACCAGGGUGGACUAGAUCUGAAAUACAUUGUCUUGAGGCGUGGUACUAUUCUACUUCCAAUUUUAGCGAACCACGAGAUAAAGGAUGCAAAGCAGAUCAAAAAGGUUGAACAAAACAGUGUCGCCAACCUCGAUACCUGGUAUUCAGUCAUAGAUGAUACAGAAGACAAGAACUCCGAGAUUGCUCCCAAGGAAAUAGACUUCACGCGAAAAAUGACUGGAUGA